AUGCUGCGAAGUGCUCUGUCUUCGGUGGCCCGUGUCACCUCCGCCUCAACUGUCCGACAGUUGAGCCGCAGCAACGUCCUCUACGGUUUGAGGCCUCUCGGCCCCAAAUCCAAGAUCCCCGACUUCAAGGGAACCGCCGUCGUCGAUGGAGACUUCAAGGUCUAGUUUUGGAAUGAUGAAUUUUUAAGCUUGAAGAAAGAUUUCUAGACGUUUUGAUUAGUAUUUGAUGAAUUUCUUCCGUUUGCUUGAGAAUUCAACGAAAAAGGAGCGAUUUUUCCUUGUUUAGUGGCUCUUGGGGCGUUCCAGAAGCAAUUUUUGUGCGAUUUCAAUUUUUUUUUCGAUCGAUCUUUGGCGUUUUUCUGAUUUUUAGAUGAUAGGAAAACCGAAAAAGCCCUUUUGAGGACCCUCAAAAUCAGCUGUAAAACUAAAAUAACCCAAAAAAAUUUUUGAGCUCUUUUUUGAAUCACUUGGAAUUUUUUUAUAGUUGCUUUCCGGUAUAUUUUUUUAACAAAGGAUGAGAAAAUUUAAAAGAAAAAAGCGUAAAUUUCAAGAGAAAUUCUUACCAAAUUGCAAAUUUUUCGUCUUUUAAAGCCCCAAUGAUACCUUCUUCAUGCCGUUUCUAAAAUAGCCGUCAGAGAGUGAGAAAGAUCACUAAAUUUUGGAGAGUUAGAGAUAUUUUUGAACUUUUUCAUUCACUUUGAAAACGGCUAGAAAUUUCGAAAUCCCCGAAAAAUCAAUAUCAACUCUCCAGGCGAUCUCCGCGGCCGACUACAAGGGAAAAUGGCUGGUGAUGUUCUUCUACCCGCUGGACUUCACGUUCGUCUGCCCCACGGAGAUCAUCGCGUUCGGUGACCGGGCGGCCGAGUUCCGCAAGCUCGACGCGGAAGUCGUUGCGUGCUCCUGCGACUCGCACUUCUCCCACCUCGCCUGGACGAACACCCCGCGCAAGGACGGCGGCCUCGGCGAGAUGGGCAUCCCCCUGCUGGCCGACUUCAGCAAGAAAAUCGCCCAGGACUUUGGUGUCCUCGACGAUGUGAGUGGGAAUCCCCUAGAGUGGUCCCUAUAGGGCCUUUGAAGGUCCCCCCUUAAGAGGCCACUCUGUCGUUCCUAAGUUAUAUGAAUGGAUACAUCCUCGGUUUCUGGGAAAAUUUUUAGUGAGGGUUUGGACGUUUAAGUGACCACUAUAGUGGUCGAACAAGUGGCGAAUCAACGUACUAAAAUUGAGAGGCCUCAUUAGAAGUCAAGAAACACUAAAAACUACUACAGGGGCCACUAAGAGGAAAAUUAGAGGCGUUUUAGUGUCCUCUCCAAGUGCUCCUUGAGGAACUUCUUAAGGGAGCACUACAGUCUUUCCUAGUUGAACAUGAAACAUUUAAAGUCACAGACACUAGAAACGCACUGAAAUCACUUGAGUGAUCACUUAAGGGAUCAAAACCUCUCCACUCCCCUCCACUCAGCGUAAAUUUUGAUUUUCCAAUAAAUUUUUGUUUUUAUACUCUUGAAAAAUCAUUAAAUUUGAACGCUAAAAAGCAAUAAACAAAAAAACUUUCAAAUCAUUUCUACCGGAUUCAAAACAGCCGUCAGAAAGAUAACUAAAUUUUGGAAAUUCAGAGAUAAAUUUUAUUUCGCGCAAGUUAUAUGGAAAAUGUUCAAAAAAGGGAUUUUGAAUAUCUCAAGCCGUAUUCAAAUUAAUUUCGGCGGUUUCAAAAGUAGCGAAUUUUCUGUUCUAAACUAUUUAUCGAGUUACGCGAAAUUUUAAUUUCCGGGAACUGUUGUAAAAAUGGGUCAUACAGCGGAAUAGCAAAUUUGAUUGUUUGUUUGGGCAUUUUUCAAUCAUAGAAUGAGGUUUUUUCUCAUAACUGCCGAUGUUCCAACUUGUGUAUUUUGCGAUAAAGUUUUGAAAUUGCCGAAGUUUUCCCAUCUCUGGCCCAUAAGCCCCUAAGUGAUCGCUUUUUCCAGGAGUCCGGCCUGUCCUACCGCGGACUUUUCCUCAUCGACCCAACUGGUCAGAUCCGCCACGUGACGGUCAACGACCUGCCCGUCGGCCGAUCCGUCGACGAGACUCUUCGUGUCCUCAAGGCCUUCCAGUUUGUCGACAAGCACGGAGAGGUCGGUUUUUGGGUGCAACGAAAAUUUUGAAGGAAAAAAAGGAAAAGACGCGUCGAAAUUUUGAAGUUUUCACAUUGUUAGAGGCUUCCUUUUGAAUCGGGUCUCUGUAAAAAUAAAAAUGCACGAUUUUUUUGAUAUUUAUCCUCUCAAAACCUGUUAUUUUUCAAAGGUUUCUGAACGAUUUUGAAAAAUUAUUUUCGCUUUCUUUCAAAAUUAUUAUUUUUUUAUAAAACCCCAAAUCUGUUUUUUUAAUGUUUAAAAUUGCUGUAAGACGCAAAGCGAUUAAAGAAAGUUUUUUUAUUUUUUUAAAAAAAUUUAUUUCUUUCAGACGUCUAAAUUUUUUUAUUUUUAUUGAGUUUUUUUGAAGGAAAACUUUGAAAAAAAUCGCUGUAAGACAGGGAAGAUUUUUAUUUUUUUCAGAAGUUUAUCCUUCUAGAAAUCAAAAUCUUUUUAUUUUGUUAUUUUUUUGAAGGAAAACUUUGAAAAAAAAAGUUUGAUUUUUCACUUUUUUUUUGACUUUUCAAAAGCUCCGAAGAACGAUUUUUGAAAAGAAAAAAAUUCGCUUUUUUCAACUCUUUGUCUUCCAAAUUUCCAAUUUUCAAGGUCUGCCCGGCCGACUGGCACGAGGACAGCCCGACGAUCAAGCCCGGCGUCAAGACCAGCAAGGAAUAUUUCAACAAAGUCAACAAGAAAUAA